AUGGAUUGUGCCUGGAGUCAUUCAAAGAUAGACGGUGAACAGUCGAAUCUUAUAUCGCCCGCAAAUUCGAUGACGCAAAUGCAAAUACCGAGCAUAAAGUUAGCAGAAGUCUGUCACCAGCAACCUGCCCAUCAAUAUAUAUCAGAAGGCCAAAGUGAAGCGACACAUCAAUCCUUCUGGAAGCCACCUCUACGGAGUCAAGUCGCCCCAGGCAACCAUUCUCUUGCGGCGGGAGGGACGAGCAAAGGAGCGCCGAUAUCACGAUGCGGUUCGUGGGCCUCCCAUUUGGCAGCUCAAGAAUCGCUUGCUCAUGGCACAUCUCAUGUGUCUCAAUCGAGUCACUUGAUGGACUGUCAACAAGGUCGAACGAAGACUCCUCUGAGCAGCGUUGAAGAGAUCCCAGCACAAUUGCCAUUGACAUCCGACUAUACGGUAGAUCGAGGAAUGCCGGUGGAACCGAUGGGAACUGCAUACAAACAGGAUAAUGUUUCUCCUUCAUCGCCCAGCUACUUCCAAGUAGCGAAUGAGGAACAUGCGUUCCACGGCCUCCCAUGGGCUGAAAAUUGCCGUGAUAACAUAUCACAAAGCUCUUGGAGCACAGCAACGCCAUCCCCACUACCGAUGGACAUCUCAAGAGAUGAUACUCAAUUCGUAUUUGCACACGAGUAUUUCCAAAAGGGGUUAUAUGAUCGACAUUGCAAAGAGGAAACCGAUAACUUUCCUCUGGGGAGCGACGGCUACGGUGCUCCCUUUCUCGAUGCAUACCACGGAGCCGUGGCGCUUUGCUAUCCAGGGAACUUCGAACAAUCAUCUCACUUCCCAAACGGUGCCAAUAUGAUCGAGAGGAAUGAAGAGAUCGACGGUCCCUGCAUGAACAAGCAGUAUAUGUGUACUGAAAUCCAAAAUUGGACAGCUGUCGUUGAAGAUGGCAUUGAGUUGCCACGGUUUCCCACGUUAUGCGGCGAUACAUACAGCGAUUGCUCGUCCUUCUCAUCGGGUGUCUAUACACAAGACUCCACGAUGACCGCGUCAGAUAUGGAACUGUCCAACGACGAAUCGGUUAUUCCACGCCCUCCUCACCAUCCACACGUAGAGGGAAAUGCCACUGACUUGCCACAACCGUCAUCUUCGAACCUCAAAGAAGAAGAACCAAACAGAGAGCAAAGACCCGAAAGCCCCAAGCCUCGUUUACGCCGAAGAGCAUGUGUAGGACAGAACUCGGAAAGAAAUAUCACCAGAGACGCAUUCUUGGUCGACUGUAAACGACGAGGGGUGUCAUACAGAGACAUAAAAAGAAUUGGAGGCUUCGAGGAGGCUGAAUCGACUCUUCGAGGAAGGUAUCGUACACUCACAAAAAGCAAGGAGUUCCGCGUAAGGAAGCCGCAGUGGCAGGAAAAGGAUGUAAGACUCCUUCAAGAAGCAGUAAUGGCCUGUUUAAUGUCAUCGCCGGGAUGGCAGCAGUCAAAACACCAAGGUGCGCAACCGCCGAAGAUUUCUUGGAAGAGGGUUGGGGAAUAUAUCUGGACUCAUGGUGGGUCGUACCAUUUCGGCAACGCGACUUGCAAGAAGAAAUGGCAUGAAAUCGAGGCGAUCAGGGGGUGA